GCGGCUCCCCAGGCAGCUCCCCAGGCAGCUCCCCCCGGGGCCGCCGCCGCCCGCCCCCUGCGGCAUUUUACCCCUGCUGCGGCUGUCGCUGCCGCUCGGCCCGGCCGUGCCGUCGGGCCCAGGUCAAGGAGCUGUGCUGUCAGGACUGGGAAAUGUUUUGAAACUGUGAAAGCUGGAAUUAAAAGUCUGGCUUUGGCACCUUCCUUAAAACCAAAAUCUAAUUUGUGCAUUGAGAGCAUGCCAUCAGAAAUGCUGAUAAAGAUAUUUUCCUAUUUGGAUGCUGUGUCCCUGUUGUCUGUUGGUUGUGUGAAUAGGCAAUUCUAUCAUCUGGCCAAUGACAAUGGAAUCUGGCUGAAAAUCUAUUCCAGUUGUUUUCAACCAAAAAGGACAAUUUGGAAAAUGAAACAUGAACAAACAGAAACUGUUUCCUUGGGCUGUGCUGGUCUUCUUGAUAGAGAGCCUGGGUACUGGAAGAAAGAAUACAUCUUCAAGCAAAUAGCUGCUGUCAAAACUAGAGUAAUGCAGCUUGUUAAGCGUGUAGAUCCUUAUACAGGUCUUCCAUGUAAAAACAAAGAAGCUAUGAAAGCCUAUGGCUUGAGCUGGAUAAUUGUUCUAAAGGACAAAAGUGGAAAAGAACAUGUAAUGGAGAAGAGAAGCCUAUCAUUUAAGCAUACGUCUGUUACUAUACUUUGGUACGGUACGAAUUGGCCAUGCUUGGACGUCUUGUCAACCCUAAAACUAUUUGGAGUUAUGCCGUUGCUUCCUGACAAAAGCAGAGCUCCAAGCAAGAAUGGACCUCGUCGACGUUGCUUAAUUGCUGAAUACCAUCUUGCUAACCUGACUGAAAGUGGUGUAGCAGUUGGUGCUGACAGGCUUGUCCAGCUUUUCCGUCUGAAUCCAGGACUCUUAAUAGGACUUUGGAAGGGGAAAAAUGAAAUUGCUUUUGUUAUGGCAAGUCUUCAUUAUCAUCAGCUUCUUGAGAGAAGCACUUUGGGUUCUGCUACUGGUCCAUAUGCCUUUCCACCUAAUGAACCUGUAUUGGAUGAUAUUGACCCAGAGUAUGGACUGCACGACUAUAGUCUACAUCUCGAUAUGCACGGUGGAAGCUGUACCUAUCUGUGUGGAACAUUUAAGAGCCUCUUCUGCAGAAAAGGUGACAUUGCAAAUGGAUAUUUGAGGCUCACGGUCGUAAGCUUAAAGGACAGUAUGAAGCACUCACCUCUUAUUGGCACAGUUGGCUUAUCCUGGGAAACAGAUGUGUUUAAAGGCAGUGUAAAGGACUGCUACAUGAUGGAUGUUACUCUCUUGGAGGAAACUGGAAAGCCCUUCUGGUGUUUCAGUGCUCCAGUCAACAUGGAACUGUCUUCCAAGGGAUCCAGCCUUUAUGACUACAUGGGUCAAGUCUAUACCACAGACUAUGCAGAUUCAGAGGGUAAAGUCUGUAUUGAGUUGGAAUGGUUGGAAGAAACCAAGGAAUAUUUUAUUGUCAGUUUGGUGCUUUACAUAAGCACCAAAAAGGUAAAUAACUGGUUUGGAACAAAUUACUGACCUAAUUAGGUAACUAAUUUUCUUGCUUUACCCCAAAAAACCCCAACAAAACAACAAAAAAACCAAAAAACACUAGAAACUGCACAAAACUUUUGAUGCGAGCAACACUGUUCCUGCAAGUUUUUCAGUAACAAAUGCAAUUGCAUAAUUUUUUUAAAUUGGCGUUGGAGGGAUUACAGAGACAUGUUGAUGUAAAUGAAUGUUUUACUUCUCUGUUGAACAUUACAUGUUUAGUCUGUUUCUGGUACUGGGUAUAUUUUUAGAAAUAUUUUUUUCUUUAUAGAUAGCUGUUACUGUUGUUAAUUACUUGCUUCUGGUGAGAGCCAUACUGUGAAGAUGCCUUACCUUACAUGAGCUACACUGUUCUUGAGAACAUUGACUUUUAUGCCUAAUAGUAAAACAGCAUGUGUGCUGUUUCCUUCAGAUUCUUGAGUGUCAUUGAUAAAUAACAGGUUUUGACAGUUUUGUUGAAGGCAAAUAUUCUUUUUUUCCCCAGAAAAAUACUUCAGUUAAAUGUACUCAAGUAGAGGAUUUAAAAGGUAAACAGUAAAUCGCAGUAUGGCAGUUAAUGUAUUUAUUAAGAAAGUUGCAUAUAAUACCCAUACUGAAAUUUCUUUAAAUUCCUCUUUGUUCUGUUUUCCUGUGUUCUAACCUUCUGUCUGAUUUGAGGCUAGAUCCUUGCCUCAUGUGUGGUCCUAUGAAUAAAUGUCCUAAUUAUCAACAUAUCUGAGCCUGUGUAUGCUCUUAUUGAAUGUAUGUAACAUUCAAUUCAUUUGGAAACAAUGCAUAUCUGGUACCAUUUAU